GAUAAAGGAGUCGGGCGUCCCGAGGUCUUCCAUCAGAACGACAGGAGAGCCGUCACAGCAGCAGAGACCCGGCUCAGAACAUGAGGCUGUCAUCGGGCUGGACGACGCUGAUUUACCUGCUGCUCCAUGGAGCUGCUACCGUCUGCACAGUUAAAAAGCCGCCCAGUAACCCUGGAAGGUUUGCCAACGCCACCUUGGUGCGGCUGGCUGACUUCCUGAGCGCUGGAUAUAAGAAAGGAGUGAGACCUGUGAAGGACUGGCGGACGUCUACUAUCGUUGCCAUAGACCUCAUGGUUUACUCCAUCCUCAAUGUGGACGAGAAGAACCAGGUUUUGACGACGUAUGUGUGGUACAGGCAGUCGUGGACGGAUGAGUUCCUGGUGUGGAACCCGGAGGACUUUGAUGAAGUCAAGCAAGUCUCCCUGCCUACGGCUAACGUCUGGGUUCCUGACAUUCUCAUCAACGAGUUCGUCGAUGUGGGGAAGUCUCCAGAUAUUCCUUACGUCUACGUUACACAUGAGGGUCUGGUGCAGAACUACAAGCCCAUCCAGGUCGUCACCGCCUGCACACUCAACAUCUACAACUUCCCGUUUGACGUCCAGAAAUGCAGCCUCACCUUCCAGAGCUGGCUCCACACCAUCGACGACAUCAACAUCACCCUGAUGCGAAGCCCCGAGAAGCUCCGGGACGACAAGAGCGUCUUCAUGAACCAGGGAGAGUGGGAGCUGCUGCACAUCCUGUCCAAUUACAAGAUCUUCAGCGUGGACAACGACGAUUACUACGCAGAGAUGAAAUUCCAUGUGGUGAUCCGACGGCGGCCGCUGUUUUACACGGUGAACCUGCUGCUGCCCAGCGUCUUCCUGAUGGUGAUGGACAUCGUUGGUUUCUUUCUGCCUCCAGACAGCGGAGAGAGAGUUUCCUUUAAGAUCACUUUGCUGCUCGGCUACUCGGUCUUCCUCAUCAUCGUGUCCGACACUCUGCCUGCCACGGCCAUCGGAACGCCACUGAUAGGUGUGUACUUCGUGGUCUGCAUGGCUCUCCUGGUGAUCAGCCUAACAGAAACCGUACUGAUUGUUCGUCUGGUCCACAAGCAGGAUCUGCAGCCACCCGUCCCCCACUGGGUGAAGUACCUGGUCCUGGAAAGAGCUCCGGUUCUCUUCUGCAUCCACAAAAAGCACCGCUUCUGUGCGAGGCUGUCGUCUCAGGCUUCAGAGCUGGACCACUCCAAGGAAAACAACUACGGGACGGCCCAGUGCUCCCUCCACCACACCUGUGAGAUAGGCCAGAGGCUCAGCCAGCAAGACAGAGAGGGUGGAAUGCUUGGACUUCGCCUGGCCCCAUCCAGGGACAACACUCCGCCCGUCAUGGACAACAUCCUCCAAGAGGUGACGGCCAUUCGGCAGUUCCUGGAGAAGAGGGACCGGUGUCGGGAAAUCGCCAAGGAGUGGCUCCAGGUUGGCUACGUGCUGGACGUGCUGCUCUUCAGAGUCUACCUAGUGGCCGUGAUCGCCUACAGCAUCACACUGGGCACUCUGUGGUCGGUCUGGCAGGUGGCCUGAGUUUCGCCUCUCCACCCAGUCGGCGUAGGUCAAUCACAAAUAAGUAUAUCAAGUGUAAGUGGCUGAAGCUCAUCGGAUAAAGGAGGCAUUCAUGAAUAGAGAAAUAACUCCUCUAGAUGAGGCCACCAUGUAAAUUCAGAGGACGAGACAGUAAAAUGUCCUCGUAAACAUUAUAAUUUAGGCCUAAUCUAGUAGUUUGAAGGCAUAUGACUCAAAAGUAACAAGAGGGGCUUCAUCAGGAGGAACACAAAGGCUUUCUGAGACGAUCCAAAGGCACAUUGGCAUUCUGUCCCAAACUGUUUUAGGUGCAGUUAAUACGCAUCAUUACAGGGGAUAAAACGGGGACAUUAGAAGUUUUAUCCCAGAUAUCUACUGAGUUGAAGAAACUAGGAAAUGAAAACCAAUAAUCUGAAAAUGAGAAAUGAUAAUAAACUUGGUUACCAAAUGAGAAAAUAUAUAAGAAAAAUCUAUGAAUAUAUAAAUGGACGUUUAUUGCUACACAAUUAAUGACUUAAUAUAUGUAAAUUGCUAACAAAUUGUUUAGGACUGCUUUUUGCAUUUAGCUUUUCCUGUACCUGAAACUUAGGAAAUGUGAAGUGGGACAGUUUUUUGGAGAGCUACACAUUAACGCUGUUGACACAAAGUUUCUUAUCUCUCCACAUGAAACAUAAAACCAAACAAAAAAAACCCUGACAGCUUUAAUGUUACUUGCAGAUUUAAACCAGUUUAAGAUUUAAAAAAAGAGCUCAGCUCAACUUAGUGAUUUUUCAGUAGACAAAUGUAGAUAAAUGAAAUGGUGUAAGCAGACAAAGAAUGCGUGUUAUAUUAAAAUAUUUAAUCUCUUUGUUGCUAAUUACUACAGGCUACAACUGUAGGCAGCAGUUUCUGGUUCUGCCUGUCUCCCAGAGCGGCGGACAGAAAGUUACAAAUACCCAAUAAACUGGCAUUUAUAUAGCAAAAGUUAGCUAGUCUCCGCAUAUUAGCUAAAUUUAGCUAAUGCUAGGAUAUAAGAUUAUGUUAGCUCGCUAGCAUUGGCUAAUCUUGUAAUCUGAGCUAACUCGUAGAAAGCCAAAUCCUGACUUUUACGUUCUCGUCUGAUUUUAAUGUACAUUUUACAUUGACUGAUGCUGGAAAAUACAAGUUGGCUGACACAGUGUGCUACAGCAAGACAGUAACAAUGAUUUUAUUUUAUUUUUUUUCCCAGUGCAACAUUGUGCACAUACAUUUUGGUUGUGUUUUUGUGCCAACGGAAAAAUAAUGCUGUCUGUAAUGACCGAAAGAAAAAACAACAAACGCUGUAAACAUUUCUACUAUGUUGUAAAACAUAUCUUCAAUU